AAUCUUUUGAUCACAGUACACCGUCCACUUCUUCACCACCAGGACGCUGUUCCCACCAAUAUGUUCAUUGGAGUGACCUCCGGUGGAGGCAACGUCAAUUCGCAUUACGACUACUUGAUUUGAAGUACAGUUAGCUAUCGCUAGAGUAACUACUAUUAUUUAUUUUCUAUAUCAAAGUAUGGCUCUGGAUUUCGUAGCAGGAUGUAUAGGAGGUUGUGCCGGAAUUAUAGUCGGACAUCCUUUGGACACUUUAAAAGUUCAUAUACAAGCAGGAAGGGGGAGUGCAUUGGAAUGCACUAAAGCAUUGUUAAAAGGAGGGUCACUUUCUACUGCGUAUCGAGGCGUUGGCGCACCAUUAGGCGGAGUUGCAGCGAUUAAUGCCGUCGUGUUUGGUGCAUAUGGAAAUACAAUCAGAUCUUUACCAAACUCCGAGUCUUUAAUAGCACAUGGAAUUGCUGGAAGCAUAUCUGGAUUAUUACAGAGCCUUAUAUGCGCGCCAAUAGAGUUGAUAAAAACGAGACAGCAGUUAGCGAAACCUGGCGAGCUAAUGCCGACAGGAGCUUGGUCAGGAGCACGACAUAUUUUGAAAACUGGAGGAUACAGAGCAUUAUUUAGAGGCUUGGGUAUUACAGUACUGCGUGAUAGCCCAGCCUUUACAGUCUAUUUUGUUUCGUAUGAAGCAAUGACGCGUAGAAAUCAAUCCGUGAUGAGAGUAUUUAUGGCAGGAGGUUUGGCUGGAGCACUGUCUUGGAUAGUAUCUUAUCCUGUCGAUGUAGUUAAAUCCAGAUUACAAGGAGAUGCCAUCCAAAAAUACGCUGGAGCUUGGGAUUGCUUCAGGCAGUCUAUACGAACAGAUGGUUGGCGUUGUAUGAGUCGAGGAUUAGGUCCAGUUUUGGUACGUGCAUUUAUAAGCAACGGAGCUUGUUUCACAGCUGUGGCUUGGACAGAUAGAAUUUGGCAGCAAUUAAUGAACACACAAAGAAGUCCUCUUAAAAAAACAAAUGGUCUGAGCGAAGUUAAAGACGCUCCGGAGUAUAUUAGUUAUGACACUUGAACAUUACAUUGAAUUUGGACGGAUUCAUAAAAAACAAAGUUAAAUUGUGAUCUUCCGCACAAAUGACGGGGAACAAUA